ACCAAAUGUUUUCCUCACAUCUUCAACCUAUGAACUCACAUAUUUCACCCCAAUACUCUCCCCCAUCAAGUUGUGGUGGUGAGUCCGAUGAUGCAAUAUCGUCGGACUCUCCCACCAAUCAAUCAGCUCCACCACUUAGUAGGCUACUGAGUGGUGGAGCUGCAUGUGUUCCGCAUAAACGGAAAACUGGAAGAAAAAAGUUCAAAGAAACUCGUCAUCCUAUAUUUCACGGGGUUCGUGAGAGAGAUGGAGGGAAAUGGGUGUGUGAAGUACGUGAGCCUAACAAGAAAAGUAGGAUAUGGUUAGGGACUUACCCUACCGCAGAACUUGCAGCUAGGGCAUAUGAUGUUGCGGCUUUAGCUCUUAAGGGAGAUAAAACAGCUCUUAACUUUGCUGAUUCGGCUUGGCUUGCUCCUCGAGCCAGGUCUAGCUCGGCUCGUGACAUUAGACUUGCGGCUUUGCAGGCUACUAGGUCUGAUCUGAGAAAUGAAGAGAAGGAAGAAACUUCUAGAAGCUAUGACGUUGUCAAGUGUGUAGAAGAAGAGUUCAACAAAGAACUGUUUUUGGAUGAAGAAAUAAUAUUUAAUAUGCCAAUUUUCAUAGACAGCAUGGCUGCCGGUAUGCUUCUUACGCCUCCUUCGUUAAAGAGAGGGAUGAAUUGGGAUGAGGAUGAAGCUAAUUAUUGUCAUAUAGAUUUGAAUUUGUGGCAAUAAUGUUAAUAUACCUAGAUAUUAAGAUAUAUAAAUUUAAGUGGUUUUGAUCAUUUUAGUA